AUGGCACCUGCUGCAUCCAAUGUUCUGCCCACUAUCACAGCGAGGUCCAUUCCUGACGUGACCACUGGGCCCACUAAAACCACGGCACCCGCGACUACGGUCCUGGUCCAGCGCGACACCUGGCCAACAAAUACCUUCGUGACCCUGACAUGGCCCGACAGUCCCCCCGCGACCGUGGUCGACGCGGCAGCGGCGACUCCCACCUGGAGCUAUUCCGCUGAGACGAAUAGCGGGUUAUCCAACGGGGCGAAGGGUGCGAUCGCAGGUUCCAUCAUAGGGGCUGCAGUUCUAUUACUACUAUUAUACUGCUGGUGCCAACGACCCCCGCGAUCCCGAUCAGCAUCUCGACGCCGAAGCCAGUUCAUCAGAGUCUCACCACCCUCAGACCCCGCUGCGGCCCCGGAGGGAUCUACGAAGAAGGAAAAGAAGAAGUUUGUGACUAUUGUGCCCGGAGACCCUAAAGACCCGGACAAAACCUACCGACUUCAGUUUCCCCCUUUGGUGAAAUUUACUACGGAUAUGAAUGCGACGACUACGAUUGAUAUUCGGGAAAGCAAAAGGGGGAGUCCGUUACCUUAUUUUAUUCGGCCGCUGGAGCGAGGGAAGUGA